UAACGAGGAAGACAAAUGAUUGAACAGGCCACCAGGAUACAGCUGAUUUCUGCAGGAGCAAGUGAUCAGGAAGCUGUAAAUAUUUGUGCUUCUGUCUGUAACUUGCCGUGCUUCCUCAAAUGUGCGAGUGUGUGUCUGACCUGCGGCUGUGGGGAGUGCAGUAUCGUAUUUUAGGUCGGGAACAUGGACUAAACCACCAAGCUGUGUGUAGAGGAGAGUUCAUUCGCCAGGAUCGGUUGCUGAUGACGAAAUGAUGCCAUCAUCGCAGAUGUGACAGAUUAGAGUGACACAGGGCCUGAUCAUGGGAGACAGAAGAAGGUCACCAUGUGCCGAAAUCUGUCCAAAUAUGCACUCAUCUUUCUCUUCCUAGCCCUGUCUGGCCUCAUCUUCCUGCUGCGCAACAUCCACACUGUGGAGAACUGGAACUGCCACACCGUCUCAGCCCUCUACCAGCUCCAGAGCAGGAUCCAGUCAUCCUUCGUCCCAGAGAAUCUCCCCACUUACCAUCACAACCGCACCUUCUGUGCCCAUCUGGGCCAGAAACCCUCCCCUGAAGAUGAGCUGGAAGAGCGCUACCUUUUGGACUCUAUUGCCUGGCCUGGGCCUCCGCCUCGCUCUGCGCCAACCUCCCUGCGCCAGACGAGCGACCCCAUCCACAGCCUGUUCGCCAUCCUUCCCACUAAGGGAGGAAGGGAGUGGCAUUUGGGCGACCAGCUGGAGGUACUCGUCCAAAUGCAUGACUUCCAGGGGCGCCCCAAACGCUACGGUGGGGAUUUCCUUUUGGCCAGACUGCACUCCCCGGAGGUUGGAGCAGGUGUAGCAGGUAAAGUGCUGGACCACAGGAAUGGAUUUUACUCCGCUAUGUUCCCGCUCCUCUGGGAGGGGACGGCACAUGUUGAGAUAACAUUGGUGCACUCGAGCGAGGCUGUUGCUGUGCUGCGACGGCUGAGGGAGGAACGGCCUGAUAGAGUGUUUUUUAAGAGCCUGUUUCGCCUGGGCUUCCUGUCUGAAACUACUGUGUGCAACAUGUGCCUCCCCCCUGACCAGCAGCCUCUGUGCAACUACACAGACCUUUACACAGGAGAGCCCUGGUACUGCUACAAGCCGAAGAUGCUCAGCUGUGACACCAGAAUCAACCACGCCAAAGGAGGCUAUCUGAAACACCUCAUCACCAACAAAGAAGCAUUGCUCUUCCAGAGUGGUGUAAACAUUAAAGUUCACAUACACGCUUCAGGACCCGACAGAAUCAUCGUGCUGCCUCCCAGGAAAGAUAAAGUAGAGGUAGAAAACAGCAGUAUAAAACCAGAACCUAUUAAGCUAGAACCAUCUGGAUAUUACUACGAGGACACAUGGAGGCCAUUAAAUGGCGUUACAAUGCGCCAGUUCAAUGAAUCAUCUGCCACCACUCAGUGUUUGAAGAACAAGGUGAUCAACAUGUAUGGAGACUCGACCGUCAGGCAGUGGUUUGAGUACCUCAUUGCUUUAGUACCAGGUUUAAAGGAGUUCAACCUGCACAGUCCUAAAAACGUCGGGCCUUUCAUGGCGGUGGACAGCACCCAUAAUAUUCUCUUGAAGUACCGCUGCCAUGGCCCACCCAUCCGCUUCUCCACUGUCAUGUCCAGAGAGCUGCGGUACAUUUCAAAUGAGCUGGACAACCUCUCUGGGGGUCCUAACACCGUCGUCGUCCUCAGCAUCUGGGCCCAUUUCAGCACCUUUCCUGUGGAGGUGUACAUACGGCGGCUCCGUCACAUUAGACGCUCGCUGGUGCAGCUUCUGGACCGAGCGCCUGGGACGAUCGUUGUGAUCCGCUCGGGCAACCUCCAAGCCCUGGACCAAGAGGUGAGCCUGUACAACAGCGACUGGUACUCCCUACAGCUCGAUAUGGUGCUGCGGUCCAUGUUUAAAGGACUGAACGUGCUGCUGGUGGACGCCUGGCAAAUGAGUUCAGCUCACCACCUUCCUCACGCCCUCCAUCCUCCUCAAGUCAUUGUCAAGAACAUGAUAGACAUGCUUUUGUCUUACGUUUGCCCAGAAAAGACAAAGAGCAAAGACAACUGAUGUAGAGGAACAGUGACGAUAAUGGAUCUUGUUGAAGGACACUGAGAUUAAUGUGUCAAUUCGCCAACCGGUUCUUCAGCUCACGACAGUAAGGCUUCUUUUUAGCGCUCUUCAAAGCUACACACCCUUUAAAUACUGAGAGACUUCUAAUGUAGGACUGAUCUCUGUUUACUUGCCUGUUAAAUUUAAUUAUCAAUCCAACAAAACUAAAUUUAUUCUGGAAAAAGUCAAAGACUUUGGCACGGUGUUACGCCCCACCCUUGGGCGGCCCUAUGGGCUGAACAAAGCUCCACCACUGACCCAAAAUACCCACAUCCUUUAAAUCAAAUCCAUGGGAGUUAUUAACAAAAAUCCUGCAAAGAGGACAGUAAAAUCCCAGGCUGAGAGGCAGCAGGACCAGCAGUCCUCAUGCCAGAGGCCUCUCUCCUCUGCUGCUGGCACAGAAGCUCUUAAGCACCUCCUCCCUAUGCCAGAUGCAGUGCACCUCAUUAGGCAAUGCAGCACACCUGGGCAGAUCUGCAAUAGAGGGAAAGGGGACAGCAGCACAGAACACACAUAGCCACAACACCCCCACCCUUAAAACAAUGAAUAAAUAGGUUGUCACACUGUCGCUCAGUCACACACAAGUACUGAGGCAGUUAAAGCUUAACACAGAACGACUGUAACAAACCAUAGUUCAGUGACAAAUACUAUUUAUUCAUUGAAAUUAAGUGUACUUAACAAUAAGGAAAUGAGUGCUCCUUACAGAGGCUUUAUGCUAAAGGUAAACACAGAUCAAAAGCACUCAGAAAAACACCUCGGUAACUCUGAGUAUGUAGAUUAAUCUAGUUUGCGCUCAAAUCUGAAACAAUGAUGCUCAGUUUCCCCAACACUACAUGCAAGCAUCUCUUCAAUACAAAGCAAAUGGUGUAAUUAAGUCACAACAGAUUGGGACUGCUGCUGACAGAAGGUGUCAACUUGGGUCAAAUUUGGAUCAAACAAGAUCUUAUUAUACAAAGGGCCAACUAAGUCAACCAGCCAAAUCAAUGGAUGACACCAUGUGGUCUCCAGCCACAUACACAAGUUACUGUAAUGGAUGUAGGAAACCAGCAACACAAAUGGACCUGAUGAAUUGGGAAGCCACACCCACCACUACAAGAUCUAAUGAUCUGUGGGGUGACUACAUCCCAAACUCAAAAAAGGUCACAACUAAUUUGCUACAACAAAUACCCAACAGCAGUAACACACAAGUGACCACACCAAAUAGUGGAAAAUCACAAAAUGGUCACGAUGUAGUUAACCACUACACAGAUGUUGCGAACUUACACCUAAAGCGGGAUUCAUACUUGUGCGUCAGCUCUGUGCAGAGCCUUAUGCCAUAGCCUACGCACGUGGCCUACACUGUUGUGAGCAUUUGUACUUGUACAGUGGUGUGUCUGUGUCACUCUGCAGUUACACCUCCAUAACACUAGUCAGCGGCAUAGCUUCUGUGAAGUGCUGUAGAGUUUAGUUGAUUCAAAACACACAUUAGAUAUGGCUUAAUAGCUACAGCUUCAAAAACAAGUACACAAAUCAGCUUCAAUAUAACCUGCAGCAUUCACAGACAAAACAUUUGUCUCUUGCUGGACACAUUUUCCCCACAAAUAUAACAUGCUAAUGUUUUUAGCACAAGCCUAUGGCAUUUUACAUUGUAUGAAUUAGCCUAGCGACAAGUGGAGAUUUCCUCUACUCACAUGAAGCCAGGAUAAUCAUACACAACUUAAAAUGCUAUUUUGUGGAGGCUUUACUGUCUUCACAAGUUAUUGUUUAU